UCUGCGGGAAAGCAUUGUUUUGCUAGCAUUGUACUUAUCGUAUCAUAACUCUUAUAUUUUUGUAAAAAUUGCAAUAUUGCUUCCCAUCUUCAUAUUGUUGUCUUUGUUUAGCAAUAUCUUAUUUCAUAUUGUGUAAUUCUCCUCCCACUUGUAUUGUUCGCCGAGCAGCGGAGUUGGAAGCUCUUGUCUGAUUGGUCCGCAGCAGCGGCGGCAGAGCUCGGAGCUCCACUCCGAUUGGUCCAUGACAUCAACUGAGGAGCUCGUCUCUGAUUGGUCCAUUUCCAAUAUCCGCCAUAUUCAAACUUCCGCCGUGUUGUGUGGGUGUUCUCGGUCCCAUUCUGUUGUGCUCCUUUAUUUUCUUUCAAUUGGCCUUUGUUUUCCCACCCGAUUCUGUCAUUGUCAAAUUGACAUUUUUCAAAACGGAAUGGACGAAAGCGAAGUUGUGAACGCAGCAGGGACGUCGGGUAAGACGUCAUCGAGCUCGUCCCCGGCUGAGCCUUCCCCGAGAACGCUACGCAGAAAUAACUCCAAAAAACCCCUGCUGCAGAGAGGAAGCUCCUUCACCUUCCUCGCUCCAGGCACACCGUGGGACUUCAGUCUGAAGCGAAAGCGCAAAGAAAAGGAAGACGACACGGUCAGCCUGUCCAGUUUCGACCUCAAGGAGCCGACACACAAGAAAGUACGACCGCUGGCCAGAGUGUCGUCUCUCGUCAACUUCAUGUCUCCGUCCAAGAACGGAGCGGUGCGACGUUUCGGUCAGACCAUCCAGGGCAGGGAAAAUGCUCCAAUUCCUCCCGAUUAUCGGAAUGCGUGUGCCCCGCCCACUUUGGAAUUGUUGUGUUCCCAGUCCAUGUCGCUGCGCGGGGACGGCAAGUCUCCGGGCACGUCGCUCCGAGGCGGCGUCAAGCCGGCCGCGCCCACUCCCAGCAAGCGAAGGAACAGCACGCUGUGGUCGGAGACGCUGGACGUUCACCAGAAGAGCUCCUUCUCCUCCAAGGAGAUCAAGCGACAGGAGGCCAUUUACGAGCUCUUCAGGGGAGAGCAGGAUCUCAUCGAGGAUCUCCAGCUUGCACGAAAGGCGUACCACGACCCCAUGCUCAAGCUGUCCAUCAUGACGGAGGAGGAGCUGGCGCACAUCUUCGGGGAUCUGGACGCGUACAUACCGCUGCAUGAAGAUCUUUUGAUGAAGCUGACUGACGGAACGGGUCCCGACGGGACGGUGGCUCAGAUAGGACAAAUGGUGAUCGACUGGCUUCCGGGCCUGAACGCGUACAGAAACUACUGCAGCAACCAGCUGGCGGCCAAGGCGCUUCUGGACCAGAAGAAGCAGGACCGGCGAGUGCAGGACUUCCUGCAGCGCUGCCUGGAGUCGCCCUUCAGCCGCAAGCUGGACCUGUGGAGCUUCCUGGACAUCCCGCGCUCGCGCCUGGUCAAGUACCCGCUGCUCCUGCGGGAGAUCAUGAGGCACACGCCCGCCGACCACCCGGACGUCGCCAACCUGGAGCGGGCGGUGACAAUCAUCCAGGGGAUUCUGUCGGACAUCAACGUGAGGAAAGGCGAGUCGGAGUGUCAGUACUACGUGGACAAGCUGGAGUAUCUGGACGACAAGCAGCGGGACCCUUUGAUUGACAGCUGCAGGAGCUUGUUGUGCCACGGCGAGCUGCGGAACAAGAGCGGCUCGAGGCUGCACGUGUUCCUGUUCUCGGAGCUGCUGGUCCUGACGCGGCCGGUGACGCGCAACGACAGGAGCGGCUUCCAGGUGUACCGGCAGCCCAUCCCGGUCCGGGACCUGGCGCUGGAAGACCUGCAGGACGGCGAGAUCCGCAUGGGGGGCUCCUUCAGGGGGGCCUUCGCCAACGGCGACAAAGCCAAGAACGUUUUCCGUGUGAGUUCGUCAGACCCGUCCCACGGCCAGUCGCACACGCUGCACGUCAACGACGUCUACCACAAGCAGCAGUGGCUCAACUGCCUGCGCAGCGCCGUGGCGCAAUCGGGCGCGACGCCGGGCGCCGGCGUCACCCGCGCCAAGCGGCGCUCGGCGGCCGUCCACGACGGAGGCGAAAGCUGUCCGGCGGCGGGGCCUCGGCUCAGGCCGCAAAGGUCGCGGGUCUCCCUCGACAGGAAAGAGACGGGAGUGUAGAGAUGGCUGGACGAAUGAACGGCUUCGCCACUGGUUUCAUGUUUUUAAUACUUGCAGCAGACUGGACAUUAAAAAAGGCAAAUUCUGUCAUUUCUCUCCGUGUUCGUCAGAUUGAUUUGACGUCUUUUGACUCAAAUGAGGUGUUGUCGAAGUUCGUGAUUCCCAGCCAGUGUGAUGUGCCACAGGAAACGAUUCCAUUUCACUUUAUUGGUCUGAAAAUGACUAUUUAUUGAAUACUAAUAGCAUGUUUUUGUUGGUCUCUCCGUGCCAGUGACAUAUGGUGACAGGCAAAAGAGUGAAAUUAUUUCCACUACAGAUGGCAGAAUGUCCAAUUAACCUGUUUAUCACUUUUGUAAUACUUUUGUUUGGUGGUGUGCCAUGAGAUUUUUAUCUAAUUGAACAAAUGUGUGCCAACAAUAGAGCUAGCCCGCUCCAGUUCUUAGCGGCUGAGUUGAUUUUUUUUCACAUUUUGUUUUCUAUUAUUUGAGAAUAUGAAGUAACAUUUGUGUUUCCAAAAUCAACGGAGCCCCUGAGAACGAGAGUGGGCCAACUCCACUGUGUUCAUUUAUUGGCUCAAUUAUUGAGCCAAGGAAGAUUUUACAGUAUUUAUUUAUUUUUAAUCGUUCUACACCACCGAACAAAAGGGUCACAGAAGAAUAUAACUGAAAUGAUUUUGCAAAAAAUAAAAGUACAGAAUGAACCUAUUAAUCAAUGAAGUAAAGUAAGAUCGUUUCCCGCGGCAGCACGGUGAUUGGGAGUCACUGGUCUAAGUGGAUUUUGGGAUUUUCUAAGUCUCACUGUCAAUUAGUCCCACUUAUUUUUCAUGUAAAGUUGGUGUCAUUGCAAUUUUGCAGGCAGCAGAUUUGCAUCAUGUUAAGCCUGUUAAGUUUUUUUGUUUGUUUGUUUGUUUCGUUUUACAGGCAAGCCUACAAAAAGAUAACAUUUGUGGAGAAAAGAAAGUGAGUUUUCAUGUUAGCAUUGGAAGCACUCCGAGAAAAUAAAACCUGCUAGUUUGCCCUUGAAA